UAAGCCUGCAGUAAUGGGUAGAACUUACAUUGUUGAGGAGGCUGUUGGGCAAUAUCUCUCAGACCUCAGUGCAAAACUAAAGCCUUAUGUCACAGGCCUGCUAAUAGGACAGUGUUCCUCUCAAAGAGACUAUGUAAUUCGGGCUGUUCGAACACCUCCAAAGGAAGAGCAAGAUGAAAGCAACAUAAAUCCUUCAAAGCUGGCAUCCAUUGAUGAAGAGUGGGUAACUGCACAUGCCAGCCAGGUUUCUCGAAUGCUUCCUGGAGGCUUGUUAGUUCUCGGUGUGUUUAUUAUUGCAACUCCAGAACUGGCAAAAGACAGUCAAAGUGCUUUGCGCAAGCUCAUCUUCUCAGUGGAAAAGUCUAUGAUGAAAAGGCGACUCUGGAAACCUGGUGAAGAUGAGGUCUCAGACAGAGCAGCUCUUCAAGUUUGUUCUACUACAAAGAAAAUAGUUUGCCGAACUUAUGAUGUACAGGAUCCAAAGAGUUCAGCUAAACCAGCAGAUUGGAAAUACCAGAGUGCUGUGUCUGCUUGCUGGCUGGCUUUGGAUUGCACAGUGAACGUUAAUAUUCACAUUCCACUUCUUGCUACUUCACCUAACCACGACUUGGAGAAGAAUACCAAGAAUGGCUUAAAUCGAUGGUCAAAACAGAUAGAGGACAGUGUAUUUCUGAUCAAUGGACAAGUCAAAGAUAACGAUACAGAACUCGUGGAAGGUCUGAAAAAGUUAAGAGGAAGUACUCAGUCCAGCACUCACUUCUCUGAUGUCAAAGUUCUUACACAACUGUCCCAGGUUUCGAGCCAUAGAUCAACAGCUACAGUCCAGGUCUGCAGUGGUUCCAUAAAUCUCAAAGGUGCUGUGAAAUGCAGAGCCUACAUCCAUAACAGCAAGCCAAAAGUUAAAGAAGCUGUUCAGGCUUUGAAAAGAGACAUAAUAAACACACUAAGUGAUCGUUGUGAAAUACUGUUUGAAGAUCUCAUUAUAAAUGAAGGACUUGACAAAAAAAAUUUUGAGAGGGAAUAUCGUGUUUUACCUCAGAGACUAUUUGUCCCUGUUGCUGGAUCCAGUGUGAUGCUCAGUGAUUAUAAGUUUCGUGACGAGGCCGCUGGAGAAAUUCAGGAACGUUUUGUUGAGAUGUUGGAUCAAGCUGUGCAAGCUGAAGAUAUCCAUAUAGCAGAGGAAGCUAGCACAGUUGAUAUUUGUCCAGUUACUGACAACACGGAUGACACACAACAGAAACAACUGACAAAAGCAACACUGCUGUUGAAACUUCAGCAAAAUAUGGGUGUGGUAAUAGCAGCUGCAGUUGCAGUCUUUGCAUCAAUCUUCUCUUUUAACUACUUCAGUGACUAAACUCAAGCAAAUGGAGCCUCAUGGAAAUAUUGACCAGUAAUCACGCUUAUACAAGGUGGAAACAUCUGGGUUUAAUGUCCUAGUAACUAAGAAUUGGUGCCUAAAUAUCACCAGUUAGGUGUGCAAUAUAAAUUAUAAUGAUACAUCCAGUUACCUUGUUCCAGUAUGCAGUUGUGGUAGGUGAAUCAAGUUUA